CAAAAAUACGUCACUCGCAGUUCAGAGUUGAAAGUCAAGGAAAGCAACAGCAUGGCGGCUUUAGUGAGGUGCAGAGUGCUGUUUCAGCCUUUCCGAUGUCAAACAAGCAUUAUGAACGGAGUGUGCAGAUCGGACAAUGUUUUGCAUACAUUUCUAACCAAGAGGGCGCAUUGUGUGCGUCACGCUUUCAACGGAGGUGUCCGACUGUACAGCUCCGACGUUAAGUCUGGAGAUGACCUUAUCGUUAGAUACCUGGACGGUGAUGACUCAGGGAUUGUUGUUUUGGGGAUUAAUCGCCCUGAGUCUAAAAAUGCCAUCAGCAAAAAUCUUGUUCUGAUGAUGUCUGAAGCCGUAGAGUCAUUGAAGAAGAACAACAAAGUGCGUACUGUAAUUUUAUGCAGUAUGGUGCCUGGAAUAUUCUGUGCAGGCGCAGACUUAAAAGAAAGAGCAAAGAUGCACCAGAGUGAAGUAGGACCUUUUGUUACUAAAGCAAGGACACUUAUAACAGAACUUGGUACUCUUCCCAUGCCAACGAUUGCAGCUAUAGAUGGGGCAGCUCUUGGAGGGGGUCUUGAAAUGGCUCUUGCCUGUGACAUCAGAGUGGCAGCCACCUCUGCUAAGAUGGGACUAGUUGAAACUAAAUUAGCCAUCAUUCCAGGUGCUGGGGGAACUCAGCGUCUGCCCCGAACUGUAGGAGUGUCCAUAGCUAAAGAGCUGAUAUUCGCGGCGCGGGUGCUGAGUGGUGAUGAGGCCAAGAGUCUCGGCCUAGUCAAUCAUGCUGUGGAGCAAAAUCAGAGUGGAGAUGCUGCGUAUUUGCGAGCUCUGGAUCUGGCCCGUGAAUUCAUCCCUCAGGGGCCAAUUGCAAUUAGAAUGGCGAAGUUAGCAAUCAACCAGGGAAUAGAGGUGGAUUUAAAGACAGGAUUAGCCAUUGAAGAGGCAUGUUAUGCCCAGGUGAUCCCAACCAAAGACAGGCUGGAAGGUUUGCUGGCGUUCAAAGAAAAACGUCCUCCUUGCUAUAAGGGCGAGUAACACCGGCCUAACAAACCCAAUUACAAGCAAAUUGCCUUUCAAUGUUGUUGUAAAGAAUGUUGCAUACCUGAAAUAUUUGGAGCACUGCCAGGGGCCCGAUGAUGGUCAAACCUGUAGGGAUUUCAGCUGAAAUAUGUGAAGAGCAAGUUUGAAAGAUGAAAGCUAUUCCUCUGUCUGCGGAUCAAAUUCUUUUUGCAUGGUAUGUUUUCCUUUAUGUUUUAUGUUUGUUACCUAAUGUAAAGAAAUAUUGUUCAUUCUCAUUCUCAUCAGUUAAAAUAAUACAGAAUGCACUUCAAAUGAACACAAAAUGGAAAAUAAGCUAUUAUAUAUAUGCAUAACAAGAGAGUUCAAGGAGUGUGCAGUACUACCCAAACAAAAUCUGGUUUGGUCGGUUGAUUCCAGGAAUCAGCACUGAUAUUAAGCAUUAAAGCUGCUUUCACUUCAAACAUGUGCAUAUAAUUAGUACCCAGUUUUUGCCCUAAGGAUGUUGACUCUCUCUCUCAGUAUCUGUUUCGAGGUAUAUGUUGUAAUGAAAUGGCUACUGUAAGCAAAACUAUUAGGAAAAAGUAGUGAAAUUUGUAAUUUACUGUAUGCAUUAAAGCCUUAAAACUUAUCCACACUCUUACUUAUCCAUGUAAUUCAACAACACAACUAUUUAUGAUUAAAAAACAAGAUAAUACUGACAUGUACUUCUAUAAACAUCUUACUUCCUCCUGUGAGUAUUGCCCUAAUGCUUUUAGUGUUUACUCGUGUUAUCUUACAGCUACAUCCUGCUCUUUAUAGGUUAGAUAUCUGGCAGUAAACAAUAUAUUUGCCAUCACUGGCCUACAACAGCUUUAUUCAUGCUAAUUUUGCAAACAAGGAAAUGUAUAACAAGAAAGUUACAAAUAGUAUCUAUGCACUUCUGUUGAAAAGGGGCCAGUGAGAUUUUUUUUUUAUUUAUUUUUUUUUAAAGAAAUGAAUACUUUAUACAUUAAUACGAAAUACAUUAAAUACAUUAAAUUGAUCAAAAGUGACAGUAGAGACAUUUAUAAUGUUACAAAAGAUUUCUAUUUCAAAUAGAUGCUGUUCUUUUGAACCUUCUAUUCAUUAAAGAAUCCUGAACAAAAUGUGUCAUAGUUUCCACAAAGAUAUGAAUCAGCACAACUGUUUUCAACAUUGAUAAUCAGAAAUGUUUCAUCAUUUUAUGAUUUCCGAAGGAUCUGGAGUAACGAUGCUGAAAUUUCAGCUUUGAUCACAGCAAUAAAUUACAUUUAACAAUAUAUUACAAUAGAAAACAGUUAUUUUAAAUUGUAAUAAUAUUUCACAAUAUUACUGUUUUAAUGUAUUUUUCAUCAAAUAAAUAGUGAGCAGAAGUAACUGAAGAAAACAAUUGUAUCGACCCCCAAACUUUUGAACGGUAGUAACAUCAAGGGAUGUGCUUUCCAAAAAAAAUAAAAUAAAAAUUAAACAGUGACUACGGCUAUCGUGCUCCAAAAGGACCAAGAAACACUGGUAGAAUUAGCACAUAAUAUAUGUCACUUUGGAUAGACAUAAUUAAACAAUAUAAAUAUUAUUUACAACUUAAAUUCCACAAUUGUUCUGUAACAUUGAGACAGUGAAAGUGAGUCAUGUUUAAGAAGAGCUCCAUUCCCAGAAGUUCUGCAAUCAUUUCAGAGGAAGUGCUAAAGCAGUUAAAACACUUCAAAAUUCACAUUUAACAGAAACGAGUCUUACUUAGCUUCAGGGCUUCAUUUACUGCUCAAAAAAUUGUAAUUGCUAUCAUAAUAGAAUAUUACAGUUGUGGGUGAAAGGAGGGUGCUGCUUUUACUGUCUUUGUUAUUUGAGCUUCUGUGGCAAAAGAGGAAAAAACCCAGACUGUUGCAAGAGCUGCUGUGUCAGCCAACAGGAACGUCGCCCCAGGGGCUCAUGGGGGAUUGUUUCAUGCAGCACCAUUGCUGCAUUCUGACAAUUAUUAACCCAGUGAUGUAAUGCUUAUCUAAUAUACACACAGCAGGAAAGCACAUGACUGCUGGUAUACAUAUGAGCCUAGGAUGUGUUCGCUCAUGUCAGCUUUAUUCUUACUUUAUUUGAUGUAUAACUGCUGCAGGCUCAAAUGUCAAAAGGGCAUCUAUCGCUGUAAUACAUAUUCUUCUGGUGCUGCAUGUUUUUGUGGCAUGCUUUGUAGUCAAUUCACAUCCGAUUUUUAAAAUGAGACAAACCGCAAAUUUUUCUGUCCAGUCAGACUGUAAAGAAUGAUACUUAUCUCUUUCUCUUUUUUUUUUUCUUUUAGCUAUUUCAGCUUUGUUAAAAAACUGAAAACAGACAGAGGCUGUGUAGUUUUCAACCAAUUGAUGAAUAAGAUCGGGAAAUUAUCACUCUGAUUCACAUUGUCCAAUGAAAUUUGAGCUUGUUUUGCCACAUUACGGUUGGUUAGUGAAUUAUACAUCACAAACUGGCAAGAUGAAUAAAAUAUUUUUAAAUAUGAA